UUCUAUAUUUUCUUAUAACGUAAACUACAACGAUCAUGAAACAAAAGAAAUCAUCAUGGGUGUUAGUAUUUUGGGUAGAAAGUAGUGAAGUUUCUGUUGUGAAUAUUAGUGAUAUUUCCAAAGUUUUAGAACCGCAAUUUAUUAAAGUAGGAUGGAAGGGUGAACUACCUUGGAUAGAUGGUGGAUCAACAACUUUGUAUGAUGCAAAAAUCCUCCAAAUCAGCAAAAACAAAGAUUAUCUUGAAAGUCUUAUCGUUAAUCAAAAAGGAAAAAUUCAGAAGAAAGAACUGAAGAUACAAAUCAUGGCUGAACGUAGGAAAAUUCAGCAGGCAAAAAAGCGCAAAGUUGUGACGCAAAAUAAAAACACCUCAGAUGCUAAUGAACUUAUUCAGAGUUUGUCAAACAUAACAAGUGAACCUUCAGAAAAAACGAAUAUGGAUACUUUGGAUUCUUGUGAAAAUUGCAAAAAUUGCGUCUGCAGAGAAUGGAGAUCCAAAAUUACCCCAGAAUUCCUGGAAGUAUGUAGAUUGCAGAAUGAAGCUUUUAUAAAAGCAUGUAACAAAAAAUAUCCUGACGCCCAACCAAGCAAUCCUAAGAUUGAAUUAUAUCCAAAAACAAAUAUUUUUAUUGAAGAGAGCAUUCUAGAAUCACUGGUGAAUGCGGCCAAUAAUAAAAAAAAUGCCUUUAUUAGGCUUUUAGUGACAGAGCUGACUGGAGGAGAAGAAGAAUUAGCGAAGAGCGGUUCUGCUGAAAAAUUAACUGAUCAAUUUCCUAAAAUUCGCACAGCCGUGAUCGGUUAUAUGAAAAAUCGUUUCAACAUAGUGAUUGACACAAAAUAUUAUAAUAAAACAGUUAAUCAUAGAAUUCAAUAUUUACGCAGUAAAAAAGCAUCAGAAGAAAAAGAAAAUUCCGACAAAGAAGAAAUAAGCAAUGAUUCGAACAGUCCAAGACCAAAAAAGAAAAAAGUUGCCAAAAAAUUAUCAAACUCAUCAGAAGAAAUACCUAACCCAACUGCUAGUUCAUCAUUAGCAUCAGAUAUAUCAGUAGAUAGUUCAGCAUCACCGUCAUUAUCAGCAGCAAAAACAAAAAAUUCAACACCACCAUCAUCAACAACUACGAAAGCUCCAUUAACGAAUCAAUCAUCUCAGAAUCUGACUACCACACCACCAGUAGGACCUCAUCUUGCAGCUCAUCCUUAUUUGUACCAUCAACAAUCUUCUGAAUACAUUCAGCAUUACAAUCACGAUCAUUACUACAAUAAAAAUUAUAAUUACAAUAAUCCAUACUUUCCUCACCCAAAUUAUGAUUUUCCUAUGCAACAGAAUAAUU